AUGUCCUGCUACGACCUGUGCUCCAUUGGUGGCUCUGGCCUCAUCGGUGGUGCCGGCCUCAUCGGUGGCUCCGCCUGCGGUGCCCUCCGUCCCCAGCCCCUGGCCGGCAGUGGGAACGAGCCAUGCGUCCGCCAGUGCCCUGACUCCACCACCGUGAUCCAGCCUCCCGCCGUGGUGGUCACCUUCCCCGGCCCCAUCCUCAGCUCCUUCCCCCAGGAUUCCGUGGUGGGAUCUGCUGGAGCACCCGUCCUUGCAGCCUCUGGAGCCUCCCUGGGCUAUGGGGGAUUUGGCCUUGGGGGCUAUGGGGGAUUUGGCCUUGGGGGCUAUGGGGGAUUUGGCCUUGGGGGCUAUGGGGGUCUGUGGGGCUAUGGGGGCUCCUCCCUGGGCUAUGGGGGUCUGGGGUACUGUGGGGGCUCCUCCCUCGGGUACCGGGGCCUGUUUGGCUCUGGGAGAUCCUUUGGCUCCUGCAGCUCCUACUCCCGCUACGGCCGCUACCGCCGCGGCAGCUGCGGCCCCUGCUAA